AUGAUUCUCGGCUCCUACAGAAAUCCACCUUAUAAAUCCCACCGGUCACCUAGGCAAGAUUCUGCUUCUGUUAGUCCGCCUCCAGCUCCAGGCCAGGAAUAUUCUUCUCCAAACUCAUCACCGAAGCGGAAAAGGAUUGAGGAACUUCCUGGAAGUGGAUUGAGAGUUGAAACGGGCUUUGGGAGUGGUGGUCCGGAUGCUCUGUUGAGACAUGGCGGUGAGAAUAGUCCGAGGACCAAAGUCGCUGCCAAAUUGGAGGAUUUGGAAAUUCAUCAGCAGGGAGUAUCUUCGCAGUCACCGAGGAAGAGGGUGAAGCGGGAUGCUGUGGGGAGAAGUGAGGUGGUGACGCCUUUGCAGCGGCGAGAACCGGAGAGGGAGAUUCCGGAGAGUGGGAACGCGAAUGGGAUGUUGGAGAUUGGAGAGACUCCGCAGGUUGAUGGAGAGGAAAUGGGCGUAUCGUCAGCACCAUCGAUCUUGGCUUCUUCGUCACCACCUGCUUCGCCUACGGACCUUCAAGCGUUGAGGAAGUCUUUUGGGAUGACAGAUACUGGACGAACAUCCUCUUCUUUGUUGCAUCAUAAAAGAAUGCCUUCUCCUCCUCCACCAACUCCUCGGGCACCAUCGUCAUUGGCAACAACAAUCUCCCUGAAAGAAUCCUCAACUUUCGCGCCCUCACUUCCACACGUCAAUCUCUCCAGUUUGACAUGGCAGGACAAUGAGAUUACAGGCCACGAACUCGAUCCGACGAGUCCGGAUGAUGAUGGGGAAGGGAUCAAUGGGGUGGGAUUCCGACCUACGGCUGCGAUGGCUUGGGCCAGGAGUCAAAAGCGGAGGAUGCAAGUCGAAGGAUGGAAGAAUCGGGAGGCGAGAGAGGCAAGGGAUCGGAGGAGAGAGAGGAGAAGGGGUACGGAGGGGGGGUCUUCAGGUGGAGAGAGGGAGGAAAUGCGUGGGAGGCGAGUGAGAUUUGAGGGAGAGGGUUAG